UUUUACGUUACCAACCGGUAGACUUUGAAUACACUUAAGAAGUGUAUGUGUGUGCGUGUGGUUUUUUUCGUAUAAUGUAAUUAUAUACGAGUAUAUAUUGUUUCCUUACCUGUUCGCAGCCGUACCUAUAUAAAUGAAAACCAGUAUAAAAUAAUUUUUAAUAUCUGUCCAGGAACUAUCAAGAGCGGUGCUGAACGGCGUUCGCUUUUUUCAAUUUUUUUCCCCGUCAAAGUCUUCCUGCAGACUUUUUUGCAAUGGCAUUUACCAUUGUGUUUGGAUUGGCCAUCCUAAGUGUAGCGAACUACGGUAAUACAUUUGAAUUCUCUGGAUUAGAUCCAUCGCAACAAAGCAAAUUUAAGUCAACACCGUUUUCACCACUUAACAUCAAACCUCGGUUUGGAGAGCAAGUCAAGCCGGCGUUUGGUUUAGGAACAAAACCUUUCGGAUCAUUUGAGCCAUUCAAACAAUCUUAUCAACAAUACCAACCAGGUCCAUUCAGGACGAACUAUCAACCAUUCGGGCCAUUCCCAGGUUAUCCAGGACCUGUGGUCUAUCCCGGUCAAAUACCGUCCGUUUAUCCCCAAUCACCUUAUCGUAUCGAUGAUCCUAAUGCCAAGCCUUUCGGUUUCCAACCAUUCUUACCAUCUGCAGCAGUCCACAAAACGUUCGAAUUAGACAAAGUGAGGUCAGCAGAAAAAUUUAAUAAAUUUCCAAACUUCAAUCAUCCCGGCAAAUACUUCCAAGAACACAAAUUCGGCGCAUACCACGGACCUGAGUUUUCUUUCGCCACUGUGCCCGCUGAACACAACAUCAAACAAUCAAAACCUAAAGACUCAUUACUUGGCAAACCAGUUAUACCAUCAUUUCCCGCAUUAGGUCUCCAAGAACAACUUGCCUUUAGAUUUGCACCCCAGCCAAUAUUCAAUCACCCCACUCACCAACCAAUUCAACCAUUUUCUUCGCGAUUCCAGCCUUCGGUCAAAGACGUGCAGUCGGUGAACAGCAUAUUGCCCAACAUCGUGCCCGGAAACAAUUUCAGAUUCGGCAGCACCGCCACUGCUGCGGUCACCACUGCAACAGCCCCGUCGUCAUCCUCUGAAGAAUCGGCAACAGCGCGAGCAUCGGAGGUCACGACCGAACCAUUGGCAACACCCGCAGCGGAUCCGCAGCCCACCAGCCCGUCGCAGGAGGAGGUCACUGCCGGUGGCCCCUCGACCGUAGAACAAAGCCAAAAAUUCAACCCGUCCACGGAGGGCACUGAACCCAGUGCCGACGAACAACCGGCCACUCAGGUGAUCAAUUCUGCAGAACCCAUUUCUGCGGUAACUGAAGAACAAGUCCAAGAAGACAAGCCGGCCGCUCAAGAGGCUAACUCGCAACUCGCAGGAUCCAGUCCCGUAGUAGUCGAACCCGUCCCGGAAAUUUCCAGUCCCGUCAACGAUGCCAUCGAAUCGUCCACUGUCAGCGACUCGGAAAACAGCACCGUCAACGGUUCCGACAACAUCACCGACAGUAAGUCCGAAGAAGCAGUUACAGAGAAUCUCACAGAAAACAAACCAACCGAAUCCGGAGCUAAUGUAAACCUUCCGGGUCUGCCAAACGAGUUUUAUGGAACUUUGCCACCCUCGUCUGACCCGUCAACUCUGGGAUUGUUCGCAUCGUCCGGGAUCCCGUAUUUCGGGCAGUCUGUUGGAUUCCAACAGCCCCAAUACUUGCCGUACUACGACGCACCUAAGUUAUCGGAUGAAGAGCUGAAGUUGUUUGCCGCAAACUUCGGUAGCGACGCACUCACGUUCCAAUCACCCACCCAAGUUGUCGGAGGCGAGAACGCGGCGGUGAAAAACACCGAGAGUGCUAGCGCCAAACCGGCAGUAUCGACAGAAAGCAGUGUGCCGGUUAGCAGCACUCCUUUGGCCGAAAACGUCGAAAAAGUUGAAAGCGUGGAGAAAGUGGAGAACAGUGAGAAAAAGGAAUCGACUGGUGGUGAGUCGGCAUCCCGUGACGUCCCAGAAGCGCCAAAGAAGAGUAACACCGUAGAAAUUCUGCAAGACGAUCCUUUCAACGGACAGCUGCCUUUAUUGUUCGACCCAUCCAACACCGCUUCGCCACUGGACACUUUCAAGUUUUAUAGUCACCCGUCGGUGUCUGCGUUAUCUUCUCAAGCUUCUCUGGCCACGUACUCGCCGGAAGACGCGUUCUCCAACUUUGGUAGCCAAUUCCGUCAGGGUUACCUGGUCGAAGGGUCACCGUCGCUGACCCCCAUCACCAAGACGAUUCUGCAAUCGAGCCAAACGCCCAUUUCCAUCUCGUCAAAAGACCACCCGUUGCACAGCCAGGUAUUCAAGUACUCCCAGUCGUUCGUGCCUUACCCAGCACUGGUGACCGGCAACAACGCGGCCGUUUUCCGCUCGGUCAAUGUGCCGUCAUCCAACGUGGCUGCUACACAACCCCUUGCCGACGCGACCAUCGUCCCCGUCACCAACGCUGUCGUCUCGUCGACCACCGAAACUGCAGCGGUGAGCGACAGCGCCACUACAACCGUUGCGGCAUGAUAACAAAUUUUUUCCUUCGUCAUCGUUAUUAUAUUAUAACAAAACCCUUCUCUGACAAUCCUUAAAUCCUUCUUCUUCCAUUAACCGAUACUGUCAUUCUUACAGAUCUUUUCAACUAUUCGCGUAUAGUCUUCUCCUAAGACGAAAGACUCUUUUUUUAUGUAUUAUAUUGUAUUAUAAUCUCUCGAAAAGAGUACCUGUUGUACGCUGUCUCCAAUGCUAUAUAUAUAUAUAUAUAUAUAUAUAUAUAUAUAUAUAUAUAUAUAUAUAUACGUGUGUGUUUGCAUGUGCAGAAGACACACCGCAAUAAAUUAUUGAAAUGUAUUAUUAUUAUUAUUAUUUUUGACUUCAAAUGAAAGUAUUAAAUAAAAAUACUGCAUA